UAGCGGUCAUUGAGGCGCCCGGUCAAUGAAUCCAGGUUCUGUGAACAUCGUUGUCUGAGUUCAGAACUGGGACUCAGGGCUCUUGGCUCCAUAUUUUCAGAAGUUUUUUAAGAGUCUGAAAGCUUUCUUCCAGUGAGAGCUUCACUCAGGCACUUACUUAGCCACCUAUUCGCCCUUCGGAGGCCCUCCCCGUCGCUAAAUACGUUAAGGAUGAUGUAGCCAAGGCGACCGCCUGAUUGACAAGUAUGAUUACCAACCACCUUCAGGAAGCCCCGUCUGGGCCCGCCUAGCCCGUGGCUGGUGGCCCUUGAAAGAAGUGAAAGCGCCAAAAGGGACGGUUACCGACAGCUUAGGUUGUCGAGAGCUGAGGCAUUUUCAAACAGUCGGACGAUGCCGUGACGCAGCAUAGCGACAGCGUUGGCAGUGUGAGCGCACCCCUGUGGAGGGAGCCCUUCGACCGCGGAGGUGGCACGGCGUGGAAGCAGGUUGCUAUUUGAGGGUGCUCCCUUGGAGUCCUAGAGUGGGGGAGGGGUGGACGAGGAGCUGUUCCAGUCUGCGCUUGCGCAUACAUCUCGGCUGACCCGGCCCGCACGCUCGCGCAUGCCCGCUGACAGCGGAGCCGCGGUGGCUGGCGUCACUGCGCGUGCGCGUUGACGAGUUUUCUGAGGAGCGGCGUUGGCGGACGUCGAGCGAGCGGUGCGUGACGUCGUGAGGAGCUCUUUAAAGUGCAGGCUAGGUCGGGUGUCGGAGGGGCUGGCCGGGAGUCAAGCGGAUCCUGCGCAGUGGCCCUCCGCGGCAUGAGGUGCUGCUGGUUCCCCUGCUGCCCGGGACGUGGAGAAGGUGGAGGAGGAGGAAGCACCGUAGCCCCCACCGCUGCAUGACCCGCCGCCUCUGAGGCUCGACCCAGCACCUGGUCUUUUGACUUCCCCCGGCGGGUCCUCGCAUGGGGGCCUGACGCUGAGGACCCCCUUUUCUUCGGGGGCCCCAGGGCACGUCCCCGAGAGCCAUGCCCAGCCGCCCUGCCCGCCCCGAAGGACCCUAAGCAGCGUUGCGGGGCUAUGGCGGCCGCCAGCGGUUACACAGACCUGCGUGAAAAGCUGAAGUCAAUGACGUCUCGAGACAACUAUAAGGCGGGCAGCCGGGAGGCAGCGGCGGCGGCCGCCGCCGCUGUGGCUGCCGCCGCCGCAGCCGCGGCUGCCGCUGAGCCUUACCCGGUGUCGGGGGCCAAGCGCAAGUACCAGGAAGACUCGGACCCCGAGCGCAGCGACUACGAGGAGCAGCAGCUGCAGAAGGAGGAGGAGGCGCGCAAGGUGAAGAGCGGCAUCCGGCAGAUGCGCCUCUUCAGCCUGGACGAGUGCGCCAAGAUUGAGGCCCGCAUCGACGAAGUGGUGUCCCGUGCCGAGAAGGGCCUGUACAAUGAGCACACGGUGGACCGGGCUCCACUGCGCAACAAGUAUUUCUUCGGCGAGGGCUACACGUAUGGUGCCCAGCUGCAGAAGCGCGGGCCUGGCCAGGAGCGUCUCUACCCGCCAGGCGACGUGGAUGAGAUCCCCGAGUGGGUGCACCAGCUGGUGAUCCAGAAGCUGGUGGAGCACCGCGUCAUCCCCGAGGGCUUCGUCAACAGUGCCGUCAUCAACGACUACCAGCCCGGUGGCUGCAUCGUGUCCCACGUGGACCCCAUCCAUAUCUUCGAGCGCCCCAUCGUGUCUGUGUCCUUUUUUAGCGACUCUGCGCUCUGCUUCGGCUGCAAGUUCCAGUUCAAGCCUAUUCGGGUGUCGGAACCUGUGCUUUCCCUGCCAGUGCGCAGGGGGAGUGUGACUGUGCUCAGUGGAUAUGCUGCUGAUGAAAUCACUCACUGCAUACGGCCUCAGGACAUCAAGGAGCGUAGAGCGGUCAUCAUCCUCAGGAAGACUAGAUUAGACGCACCCCGGCUGGAGACAAAGUCCCUCAGCAGCUCUGUGUUACCGCCCAGCUAUGCUUCAGAUCGCCUGUCAGGAAACAACAGGGACCCUGCUCCGAAACCCAAACGGUCCCACCGCAAGGCAGACCCUGAUGCUGCUCACAGGCCUAGAAUCUUGGAGAUGGACAAGGAGGAGAACCGACGCUCAGUGCUACUGCCCACGCACCGGCGGAGGGGGAGCCUCAGCUCUGAAAACUACUGGCGCAAGUCCUACGAGUCUGGGGAGGACUGCCCAGAGGCCACAGGCAGCCCCACCCGGAAAGUGAAGAUGCGGAGGCACUGAAGCCUGUCGCACCCUCUCUGGAACUCUGGUUAAUCCUCACAUAGCCGCCCCAUUUUUCUAUUUGUUUUGUUUUGUUUCGUUUUGUUUUUGACCCUUUUUUCCCCAUGGUUUGUUGCCUGUUAAGGCUGAAGAACAGAAUUAGUUCUUGGUUUUCUUCCUGGACAGAAAGGCUAACAGAAACUCAUGCUGGAGUGGCCAGUAGAGGCCUGCAGGGCAACCGUCUUCGAGUGGGGCUGUGUCAGGCCAGUUUUAUUUAAAACACACACACACACACACACACGCACGCACGCACGCACACAAUGUUUUGGUUCUGAAAGUUACUGUUUUUGCUUUAUAUGUAAAUCCUUCUCAGUGUUAUUAAUGAAGUUCAGUCCCUUCCCCCUUCCUCCCAUGUGAAAGCUGGGUACAGAUCUCCUGGGCCUCACUGGCUCCACAGGGGUCCUGCUGUCCUUCCACCUGUCACCUGCUCUCCAGGCUUUGGAAAGUCAUGCAGACACCCUUUUCCUUCUGUGGCCGAGUCAUUCAGGAUGACUAGGCAGGGGCCUUAACAGUGACAGCCCCUGUACCCCACAGCUGCAGGUUGAGCCCCAGCAUGCUCCACACCCACUGGCCUGCUCUGCCCAUAGGUCCCUGGCUGCAGGGGGGCUGGCUGCAGUGGCCCUCGCCUCUCACUAAGAACAUAACCUCUUCACUGGAUUGCUUCUUUCAGGCAUGUGUGUGUGUGGUUGUAUGAACAGUUAGACUUGCCAUGUUGGAGCAGUUUUAGGAAUUGUUUCUAGCUAGAGGGACUGGUGUCCUUCCAAGUCUAGCAUUUGGGGUAUGGAAAACUGUUGUGUGUAGUAGGGAUUUGUUUUCAGUUUAUUUUUUUCUUUGGUUUCUUGUCUUCGCCUUUCUUCUGCAUUGGCCAGUGUGGGCCUUCUACCCACACCAUCCCUGUAGGAAGGUGCCUGCCCCUGUCCACCUGCAGCCACACCCACAGCUCAGGUCUGCACACUGGGUUGGUGUCUCUUCUGGCACCGGGAGUUGGGAAAGGGCUUUUAAAAAAUAGUAAUAAAAGAAAAAAGUAUUCUUUGGCAGUGUGCGCCUACUCAGAUUCUCGAGGACUAUGAAGUUUUGCUGGUCUGGGUUUGUUAGAAACAUCCCCUUGCCAGUUAGAGCCAAGACCAGGCCUGCUGAGAGCAAAAGCCCUUGGAGUCCCCAGGGUGCCUCCACCACAGGAGGACCUCGUUUCACAGAGGCCCGGGUCUGAGGCUGCAGGAAUUUAGGGCAGCGAACAUCAAGAAUCCCUUCUUAGGGGCCAGGACUCCUUUACCAGCGUGACUCCUCAAGUUGGAACUACAUAACUAAAGCAGUUGCAGGGUUUCAUUUGUUUUUGUUUUGUUUUUUUACAGCUUUUCCCCCCAAAAUGAUUUGUAGUUGUGUGUGCAGCACUUUGCCCUCAUAUAUGUGCUCUACAAUAAAAACCAAAUCUAAUAUAUUUUGAAACAGUUGUCUGAUGCUGUCAUAAGAGAGGGCUUGCCUUUGGUGCUUCCUUAAUCCCUUUAUUUUCUCUUUAAACUCCAAAUGGGGGUUGAUGGUAGGCAGAACUCAUUGCCCACGAGGAUGGACUUGCCUUCUGCUUUCUCUCCCACUGCCAGGAGGGUCGAUUUCAUAAACGGUGUGUCCGGGUGCCCUGGAAGUCAGGAUCGUGCCCUGCUGAGCUCUGGAAGCCCUUCCUCGUAGAGGUCAUAGAGGCUGUGUGCUAGUGAAGGACAGACAGUAUGAGCAAAGGCAGAGGGGAGAGCCUGCUCUUUGUAGAAGAUAAGCAAGUGGUUUUGCUCAUUAAACACAUUCUUGAGUUCUUAUGUUCUGGCCAAGCCCAGUAGUGAGCAAAACUUUUCUGGUCCUUGCUUUCAAAAUGCAUACAGUAGAGUUGUGGCAUAUGGAUACAGGCAUGAGACAGACGUUCUGGGAGUGGGAGUGGAGCCCAGAGGGAUUUAGUACCUCCAGGUCCCGCACCUGGCUCUUAGGUUCUGGUCAGGGCUUUGGUGUAGGGGCUCCCUCAUUUGUUUCCAGUGCCCUGAGCCAGUCUCCUAGGCCAGAUUCUUGCUGUAGAAACCUGGCAAGCCACUUAACUGCCCAUUUAACAGUGAGGAGAGUCCAGAUGGAACAAGUUUCCAGUCAGGGCUCAGUCCUGCAAACUGCAGACAGAUCUGGCCAGUUGGGCCUGCAGGGGUGGCCACAGGGCUGCAGACUGGGCUCUGGACGCCCCAGAGAGGAGGCAUUAGAGCUGAGUGGGAAAGUGACUUGCCAAAGAUCAUGCUGACUACAUGGUAGAGGUGGGCACCCCAAUUUUAUGCCUGGGCCCCUGACUAGGAACAUGGGAUGGGGGCUCACAUGGAGAGCUGGGGAGCUGAGAAGGCCUCUCUUCUGUAGCUGUGACAAAGCCAGAGCUAGGCUGUGACUAGGAAGAACUUGGGUUCUUCCUAGUUCAUGGAUAAAAGAGGUCCUUUGCCCAGUAGGAUUCAGAAACAGGAGAGGCUAAGGAAAAGGGGGUCCUGCCCUAGCAGGGCCUGCUCUGUCCUUGGCUUCAGUGUCUGCACCUGUACAGUGGCUCUUUGGCGCCCUCUCUCUUGGCCUGUGACAAUCCUUUGAGCAGCCCCCAAGCCUGCAAAGGCCUUAAGGAAAUGGGAGAUCUCAUCCUGGGGCACCAGCUGUUUGGGCCAGGGUACUGUGCCCCAUCACUCUGUCCCCAGCCCAGCCUCGCACACAGUAGGUGCUCUGACAAUAUCUGGCACCAGUACUGCCCACCUGAGGAACCCAUCCCAUUUCUCCAACCCUGUUAUGUGAUGGGGGAAACUGAGGUCCAAAGUCAAUGUUCAUUUAUUCAUUCAGAAAAUAUCUGUGUAUCCUAUUGUGUGCCAAGCUCUGUGCUAGGUGCUGAGGAUACAAGACAGACCUGGCAUAUGUCAUAUACACACGUUAUUAUAAAUUGUACUGAUAUAAAAGAUGUGUAGCACAUAAAUUACAAAUAAAAUAUACAAUACUCUUUAUUAUAAAUUUUGUAUAGCUGGUCAUUUUUCACAAAAUGCUUUUGUUGAUUUUUUGGGGGGCGGGGCUGAACUCUUGUCUGUAGCCUACCUGUGGUGCUAAUUCACCCACAAUAUGGUAAAUGGAAUUGCCUCUGCUUGUAUUAGUUUCCUGUGGCUGCUACAGAAAAUUACCACAACCAACAGAAGUUUAUUUUCUCUCACUUCUGGUGGUCACAAAUCCAAAAUCACUAUUACUGGGCUGAAAUCACGGUGUUGGCAGGACCAUGAAACUCCCGGAGACUCCAGUCCUUCCCUCCAGUAGUUCCUGGGCUUGUGGCCAAGUGGGCUCCUCUUGUGUUUACCAGCUCUCCCUUUCCCUCCCUCACUACCACACUUGUGUGACUGGAUUUAGGGCCCAGCUGGAUAAUCAACAAUCUCCCUUGUAAAGAUCUUUAAUCACAUCUACAAGGUAAAAUGUAAAAUGUGAAAAAAACUUACAAAUUCCAGGGAUUAGGACCCAAUAUCUUUAGGGGCCACUAUUCAGCCUACUGUGCUGCUCUUUUACCAGUAAAUUUGUCAUCAUUAAAUCUGAUAUAUGAUCUGAUUUCUCGUUGUUGAACAAAUUGUUAAUUGGAUUGAAACUUCUCAGCCUCAGCCCUAUUAAUUUGAUCUGUAUUCUUAUUAUGUUCUCCAUCAGUUUCUUAAGUCUAGACCUGUGCUGUCCAAUACAGUAGCCACUGGACAAUUUGGCCGUUGAACAUCCGAGGAUGUGGCUAGUUGGAACUGAGAUGUGCUUUAAGUGUAAAAUAUACCCCAGAAUUUGAAGAGUUAGUAUGAAAAGAGAAUGUAAGAUCUAUCAUUAGUUACUCAGUUAUGUGUUGAAAUAAUAUUUUGGACAUGCUGGGUUAAAUAAAAUAAGCUAUUUAAUUUCA